AUGGUCAACUACCUGGACGCUGGGGCAUGGGCAUGGGCAUGGGCAUGGUCUACACAACACGAUCUCUCGGUCUACCGCGAGGACGCGAAAGAGCGCGAGCGGCGCAGGGCUGCCGAGGCAGCAUCGCGGGCGGCGCUGCGGUCGGCGCGCAGGGCAUCUGUGACGCCGCCAUCCCCGCGCGGGCCAACGCCGUCAACGUCAAGCCCGACGUCGUCUGCAGCGUCGCUGCCGCCGAGCCCCGGAUCGAGCGCGGUGACGUCGGCCUGGGCGCCGACGUCGAGCCCCAUCCAGGGCGGGGUGCGCUCGGCCUGGUCGCCGCCGAGCUCGCGUAAGGGCCCGCACUCGCCCGGCGCGGGCAAUCACAAUCACUCGCUCACGCUCAGUCCAUCGCCGGCGGCGGGUCCUGUGGCGGCGUGGGGCGCAGGGAGCGCAAACGGCGGGCAGCUGCGGACAACGGUUGUACAGCGGGAGGUGCUUGCGUCGGCGUCGCCGCGGAUGUACGCGCCGAUUGUGGUGACCGCGAGCCCCGCAGCCGGGCGGCCAGGCCUCUCGUCGCCGCUCCGGGUUACUGGCUCGCCGUCACCGACGGACCAUGGCCGGGCGGCGAACGAGGCCGGGUCGCCGGCGGCGCCGCUCCGACUCCCGUCAAUCCCGCCGGAGCUCGACCUGGCGGGCGUGUCGGCACAGCUGGGCGACGACGGCAGCGGCGAUGAGACACAGCCGCGCAAUCCGGGCCCAACGCCGCGCAACGAUCCCGAGUCGCCGAACACUGCGCGGCGGUUGAGCUUUGAAGAGCCUACGAGCGACGGCGGCCGGCGCACCUCUGGUGGCGCGCCGGCCGGCGACGCAGCGACUGUGUCGGCGGGGAGCAGCAGCGGCAACGAGUGCGAGCACGCCAAGUCGCUCCUCCUCCUCACACAGACCCUUGCCGAUCACAUUGCCGACGCUGACCGGCGCUCUCGCGAGGAGGCCCGACUGCGGACGCAGCUGAUGGACACCAUCGCGCGUCAGAACAGCCAGAUCACUGCGCUCAACUCUGCGUUGGCGCAGGUGCUCGCCAAGCAUGACGCGCUUGACGCGCGGCUCAGGGCUCUCGAGCCACAAUAG